GUUAGAGGCUCAGAAUAGCCGGUUUUGGCCUUCUCGCGUUGAACGUCGUCCAACCAGCUGCCGCCCGUACCUGGCGGCCCCCCUGAACGUCCUGCCAAGUGGCCCACACCGGGAUCCGGAUCGACGCUUUAACGGGCGGCACUCCUUUUGGAUCGAUGUUUCAUGCUCACACGGCGAUGCACCAAUAUCCAACCAUGAUUCCACGGCGCGCUCCCUGACGGAUGAGGCUGUGCAGCUUCACGUUUGGAACUGCCUGUUUCCUCACACCCCCCCAUAGCCGUUCUUCGCGCCCAGGAUAGCUGCCGGUGAGCCUGGAACAGAUACUCAAGCCAGUCAAGCAUGUCAGGUUGUCUGUAACUGCCAAUGCUGUUCGCACUGUCUCAGUGCUCCACGCCGCCGUCUAAUGGCCGACCGUCUAGCCAGGAGCCUUGGAGGGAUGGGUUGUUCACAUGUUUCAUGAUUGCGCGCGGUCAUGGAUUGGAAUAGCAUCAUGCUGUGGGUACUGGUAUGGAGUGAAGAAGGAAGAGCAAGGUGGAGCAAAGGCCGUCGGUCUUUCUCGUGGCCCACAAAUGCACAGUCCGUCAUACAGGAUGCAGGAAACUCAUAAAGGCCGUGUAUGUUCUCGUAACCCAAGGUUCUUUUCACCGCAAGCUUUUGCUCCUUCGUUUGUCCUGAGGGCAUCCUUCGUUAUAAAGUUGUCACAUUCGCUUCUGAUAGAUAUCUCGAUACAUUCGUUAUUGGUUUGCAUAUUCUUCGCUCUGUAUAUCGCCUCGGCCUCCUUACGGUUAACAAACACUUGGUGGUUAUCAUCGUUGAUUAACAAGGCAACAUGAAAACCGCAUCGGCGAUCGCCACCUUACUGGGCGUCGCGUCUGCUACCAGCUGGAACGACUACCCAUCUUUCAAGACGCCCCAGAACAACGACAAUCAAUGUGAUGGCCAACAGUCAUCUGGCUGGAGCUGGUCCAACCUUGGCACUGGCAGCUUCUCGAGCUACGAUGGCUUCAGCUUCAAUGGCUGGACUUGUGCUAACAGCUUCGGAAAACGCGACCCUCUGACCAAGCGAAGCUUCCAGGACAAAUGCAUCCAGGGCUCCAUCAGCGCCGGUAAAGGACCAAGCUUCAGCUGCGGUUCUAGCAAGAACUUCUCCAUCGACACCUACCAGAUAUCUGUCUCUGAGGACACCGAUGUCGAAUUCCACUAUCAAAUGCCCGAUGGCAGCACUUGCAAGCAAACCGCCUCUUGCAAAUCGGGUGGUACGGUCGUAAAGAACACCCAGUGUGGUGGUGCUCAGCAGGUGUCAUUUCAACUUCCACAGGGCUCGACGAGCAGCUGCAGCAUUGGUAUUCAUUCGAUUGGUUUCGACUGCAGUGGGCCGUCGCCGAGCACCAGUACCCCUGCAUCACCUGCGUCUACGAAGCCAGCUUCCUCCAGUUCAAGCGCCCCAGCUUCUCCAUCAAGUACUUCACCCGCAAAAGCUUCAAGCUCUAGCCCAGCUUAUCAGCAGAGUACUUCACUCGCGCAAUCUUCAAGCUCUAAGCCAGCUUCUCCGUCAAGUACUUCGCUGGCACAAUAUUCCACUUCUGGCCCCGCUGUGCCGUCGAGCUCCGCGCCAGCUCCUCCCAAAAGCUCAGAGCAGGCGCCUUCCCCGUCAAGCUCCGCUCCACACUACUCAAACUCUUCUUCUCCACCAGCCUCUUCUGGUCCUGCUUCUGCACCUCAAUCCUCUCAGCCGGCGUCUCCUCAGUCGUCUCAGCCCGCGCCAUCCAGCUCAGGUCCGGCUUCUUCGCCAACUUCGAGCAAGCCGGCUUCGCCUUCCGUGCCAUCUGCCUCCACUCCUGGUUCUCCGGUCUCGAGCUCGAGCCCAGUCUCCUCGUCUCCCAGCAUUCCCACGGCUUCAUGUCCAGAUGUGCUGCCUCAGUGCCUGAGCACUUGGAUUCAAUCAUCAGGCUGCAAGGACAACUCGGAUUACACAUGCUACUGCAAGAACUCCGAAUUCACGAAGAAUGUCAUCGAAUGCGUCACGGCCUACGGAGCUGAUGUGACGAUCAUCUCAGAGGCGUUGUCCUACCUCCAAGGUAUCUGCGCAGCUUACAUCCCGCAGAAUCCAGGCCUCGUCACGAACUGCCCAAGUUCUAUCCCAGUUACGCCUCCAGCUCCAGCAAGCACAUCACCAGCAAGCCCUGCAGAAACAGGAAGCACUACCUACACAACGCAAGUUGUGACUGAGACCGUUUCAACAUGCACGCCUGGUCAAACCGUGACAGAGAAUGGUGCUACCACUGUCCUUUCGUCAUCAAAGAUCAGCACGAUCACUCUCACAAAGACUGCCACUAUUGCUACAUGUGCCAAAUGCAACGGUGGAGCCCCAGCGACAUCCGCAGUCGUUCCGCAGUACACAACCGUUACUAUCGCAAGUACAUACACAAUUCCGUGCACUUACACUGAGGGCGUCAGCCAAGGUUUCCCCAUCCCAAGCUCGAGCACUAUCACGCAGCUCACAACAGUUGUCACGGUGCCUUGGGUGCAAUUCACCACGGCAGCCCCUGUUGCAGGUGCUACUACUUACAGUGUCGGUCUUGCACAAGGCCCAGCUCCUGGUGCUGGCGGUUAUUCCGCCACUGGUUCAGGUCCUGCUCCUGCCACCAGCCCCGCCAAUGCUGUCACGCCAGGAGGCUAUGCUGGUGCGAGCACGACUUUCACACCGUCGGGUUACAAGCCAACAAGCAGCUCAUCGUUCUCCCCAGCGAUGGUGACCACAAACGCUGCUCCUUCUCAUGACGGAAAGAUGCUUGGCAUGUUGGCUGCUGGUCUCAUGGCAGUCCUUGCUCUCUGAUAAGGUCAAACAUGUAGACGAAUGAAGUCUCUUUUGUUUCCUUACACAAUCUUGUAACAAUUUUCCUUUAUCAACGCGAAUCUCAUCUGCACAGCGCGGGAUCCUAUCGGCGUAGAAACAAAACCUCUACUUGUCAGUGUUUAAUGGGUACAUGUUAUACACAGGUAGACACUGUGAAUAAUAGGAUAAUAAAAAAACUAUAUAGCUAUAUGAUGCUAUUGAUAUUACACA